AUCAGACAAGUGAGAAUGAAACUUGCAUUACUAUUUCUGAUUUCCUUGUGUGUUUCGACGUCUGAGAUGGCAAGCAUCUCUGAAGGUGAUGAUAAUCGAGAUUUGGAAAGACGAGUUCGGAUGAUGACCAAGUCACCCAUGAAGACAUUUGUGACCAAAGAAGGAGACACCAUUGAUUGUGUUGAAAUUGACAAGCAACCGGCGCUUGAUCAUCCCCAGUUGAAAAACCACAAAAUUCAGACUGAGUUGAACUUAAGCUUCGUUGGCUUUCAUGCUCCUUCAAAGGUUAAAUAUGUACAAUUUGAAUCGAGAGACCCUUGCCCUAUCAGAACAGUACCAAUUCGGCGAGUGAGAAAGGAAGACUUGACAAGGGCAAAGUCCGAAGCCAAGAUGCCAUCCUCUAACAGUCAAAAUACUCUCUCUCAACAUGUACUCUCUCUCUCUCUCUCUCUCUCUACAUGCGUAGUUUCUUUGAGAGACGAGAUGACAGAAAAUAUCAAAUACGGAGGUUGUGGAGAAAUUAAUGUGUACAAUUUAACCAUGGCUCAUGACCAGGCUAGCUCACACAAUAUGUGGAUUGAAUCUGGUCCUCUGAAUCAUAUUAAUAUGAUUGUUGCAGGCUGGCAGGUUUCUCCACAACUAUAUGGUGAUUCUCGUCCUCGGUUGUUUACAUAUUGGACGGGUGAUGGCCAGCGUAAUGGCUGUUACAACAUGCUAUGUCCGGGUUUUGUCCAAGUUCAUAGGUCAAUAACUCCAGGCCAUUUAAUAGAUGCAUCUUCCAUUUAUGGCGGACCUCAAAUUGUAUUUUUCAUCCAAAUCCACCAGGAUGCAGGUACAAAAAAUUGGUGGCUGACUGUUGGUGAUCAAAUUAUAAUUGGCUAUUGGCCGAGUGAACUAUUCUUAUAUUUACGCAACGGUUCGCCGCAUGCGGCUUGGGGAGGAGUGGGUAUGGCCGGGAGAAAUGGAGUUUGCCCUCCGAUGGGUAGUGGCCAUAAGCCUGACGGUGAUUUUAGCCACGCCACGUUUUUUCGAACUCUUCAUUGGAUAGAUGCGACCGGCGGUUUUCAACGCCUUUCGAAAAAAACAGUGAAGUGGGUGGAUAAAUCCAAUGUCUACGAUUUGAAGUACUAUGGCGAUAGAGGUCGCGAAGAUGGGUACUGUAUUAGUUUUGGUGGUCCGGGAGGUUAUUGUGGUGGAGGGAUGGAUGGCAGGCUGUCGGGGUCGACAACUCUCUCCGGAGGAAGUUCGAUCGUGAAGAGUAUUUGGAACGGGCUUGGGAACGUGAGGAGCAGGAGAUAG